AUUAUUAGGAAAUUGAUAAAAUGUUAUCUUCGCUAUUUAUCUUAAUCAGCUGUCCAGUUUAUGCACACACUCGUGUCCUUGCAUAUUGUUUACUUUUACCUGUAAGUACUGAUAUACCUGUAUACUUAUCAGCAAUUUAUCAUAAGUUCACAUACACAUACGGAAAAUAAAUAGUGUAAACAACAGAAAAAACGCCGAUAAUUCUGAAAGGAAAGAAAAAUGACAAGUUUUGAUUUUUCUAUCGCGGAAAAGGAUUUGAAUACAUCCUGCAUUGGUCGGAAAAUUAAUCACAAAGUAGUGACUGUAACUACAAUGAAUGAUGCCGAGGACGGAGCUAGGCAAGGUGAUCCGCAUGGUACAGUAUAUAUAGCAGAUGUAAUGACUGAUGGUAGAGGUACUAAAGGCAGAAACUGGGUGGCAACAAGUAAUGAAAAUCUAUACAUGUCAAUUAUUCUACACAUGCAAUUAUUACAGGAUGAAGAUCCUUCUGUAAGUCGACGUAAAGAAUUCGACAUAGACGUUGCCGGUGCUCUUGCAUCACUGCAAGCUCUGGAAGAAAUUGGUUUGAAGGAGGUGAAGAUCAAAUGGCUUAAUGACCUUUGGGUAAAAGGGCAUAAAAUUCUCGGCGCUCUUACUGAAUAUAAAGGCAAAAUUACAGUUGAUUCCAGAGAUGUACACUUAUAUGUUCUUGGUAUUGGCUUAAACGUUAAUUGCGACAUGCGAAGGGAUCCAGUAAUGCAUCGUAUAUCAACAAGUGUGAUGUGCGAGCUCGGAAGAAGUGUGUCAAGGGAGGUAAUAUUUGCCAAAAUAUGCAACCAUCUUGAACCUCUAUUGAAAAUGGAUAGACAAGAGUUGUUAAAACUAUACAAAUUGCACGAAGCUUUUCAAUGUGGCGACAAAGUGAAAGUUUAUAAGCAGGAUAAUUCAGUUGUUAAUUGCACGUUUAGAGAGGUCAACGACGAUUGGUCUGUGGAACUAAUAGAAGAUGGUCAUUGCACACCCGUUUGUUUUCCAUGUACUGAAAUUUCUCUGCGACAAAUAAGAGCAAAGGUUGUGUACGUAUUAAAUGGGCAAGAUUUUCAUUCUUGGAGUUCAGAAUGUUUGCUGAAAACAUGCAAUAGUCUACUUGAUAUACAAACAUACGAAGUGAAAUCGAUAUCGGCAGAAAAAGUCAACUUUGAUACCAUGACAUCAUGUGCAAUGGUAAUAAUUGGUCAACUUACGUCCGUACCAAAAUCAACGCCAAACUAUAUGACUAUAAUAGAGGAUUAUGUUAAGAAAGGAGGAUCAUGCUUGGCUAUUGGCAAUGCUUGCUCUCUGUUUCAAUCUGAAGAUGGCAAUGAAAUAAAAGGCCAACAUCCUACUCAAGUUCAGGAGGAAAUACCAUCUAUAAUAGAAACAAUUGUAUGUAGUGUGCCCUCUUCAGAACAACGUAAACAACAUGUACAUUUAUGUUUAUUUCAAGAUAAUUGUCAGUUGUUUCCAACACAUUAUACAACAUCAAAUAUUCUUGCAUAUCGUGAUUUAAAUACUAAAGAUGAUAUCAGAGAGAGUGACGGGACACACAUUUGUGAUCAAUGUAUAGACAACUCUACAGAUGUUGUUGUACUUGAUGUAGGAAAGGGCAAGCUUUGUUUGUGUAGGCCUAACAUCGAGAUAUGUUACGCUGACCUUCACGAGUAUUUUCCGAGACUUGAAGAUAAGUCAGGAAAGCUUAAAGACACUGUACAUCAUAGAGAUCUUUUAUUUCAAGAUAUCUUAACAAAACUUCUGUAAACAUGUAAAUGGUAAUAUUCUGAAUAAAGAAACAUCUGCAGAUGUGUUCAUACGGCAGUGAUCAUGGUACCGUCAAUGUGACGAUUCAGUGUAAUUCUAUGACAAGCAGUGUACGUGUAUAUGUUCUCCAAAUAAAGAAAGUGUGUACAUGUUAAGCCAUUAAUGCUGAAUAAA